AUGCAGUGGAUGACAGACCGCAUCAAGGAUCCAAACUGCAAAGUGCCGAGAUGUGAAAAUUGUAAAGGAGUUGUUAAACCAGACAUCGUAUUCUUUGGUGAAAAUUUACCACAACGUUUUUUCCAGUGCGCUAUCUCGGACUUUCCUAAAUGUGAUCUUCUAUUGAUUUUGGGCACGUCACUUGUUGUACAGCCAUUUGCUAGCAUGGUCAAUGAGGUGUCAGAUGAUGUACCGCGUCUUCUCAUUAACAUGGAAGAAGCAGGUCGCGCUGGUCUGUUUGAACGUGCCAUGGGGAUUCAAGGGCUGUGCUAUGGAAUGAACGAUAACAAAAGGUAAAU